AUGACUUCCGACAACAAACUCAUGAACAAUCGCGAGAAGGAGGUGCAGACAUACUUGGUCAUCAACCACCCUCCGGUCAAGACGGCCGCCCAAGGCCGCACCGCAGACACGACGCGAACUGCCGCUGCAAGUGGAGGAGGCGGCCACCACGCCGCCGCCUCUUCGAUCAGCACUUCGUACGGCUACCAGCUGCACAGGGAGACAAACCACCAUGUGCCGGUGUUGAUCACGACGGGACACGUUCCCUUGUUGGCCCGCGCCCCGGCGCACAAGACGUACGUCACGGUGCAGCACCUGCACCACGCCGUGCACCACGUUCACCAACCGCUGGUUCUCCUGCCGCCACAGCCCCACCUACCGGUACACUACGGGAGACGGGAUCGUCUCUCAGCCCAGAGUUCGAGCUUCCGUCACAAGCACAACCCUUACGUGCGCCUGCCGGACUACCCCGCCUACCUCAGCCGCAACGCCGUGCUCAGUCUGGAAGACCUGGCCGAAGCCGAGGCCGAGCCGACCCUGAAGGUGUACAGGGCGGACGCCGAAUACCCGCCACUGAACAUGCGCAACCGGAGAAAGCUCUACUCGCUCGGAUACAUCUACAUGCUCGACUUCCUCGAGAACUCGUACCUUAAGCGCUGAUCAUCUCGGUUAUGCACCCGCCGAACACACUGAACACAUUUCUUGGACAUCUGUGACCGACCGAAAC